UCCAUCCAAAAUGGCGGCCGCUUUGUUGUCCCUAAAAUCAAAACGACAACAAGAGUAUCUCGCUUAAUUUAAGAGUGCUUCGUCGCUUAACCAGGUGUUGAUCAGUUUUGGAGAUCAGAAGUAAAAUGAGAAAAAUGAGAGGUUAGUAUGUCUAAUGGUGUGCCACUUUAAUGGACGGUACAGAUCAGCCAUUGAGCUAAAAUUCCUGGAGCAAGUAGAGGAAGAAAUAACAACAUUUUGGAACUCUUGUGGAGAUAACGCUGUUCUUGUUUUUCCUCCAUUGGAUCCUCACUAUCGCUUCCUCCUUCAUCAGCUUAUAGGAGAAAGUUCCAGACUUCAGACAGUGUCAGUUGGGCAAGGAAGACAGAGAAGGACUGUAGUUUACUUCACUUCUGAAAGAGAUUCUCACAAGAUGACUCAAUCCCAGUCAAGUGCAGAAAAGACCUUCUUUGGGAGAGGCAGAGGCAGGCGUACAAAGAAGCCAGAUCAGGCGCUGUAUGUACCAGGAGCACUGAGAAAAGCAAAGAAUGACAAGACAAAGGAGAGUGCUACUUUAGAAUCUUCGACCAACAUCACAGAAAAUGAAGAAAUUUCUAAGAGUAAUAGUAGCAUCAACAAUGGUGUAAUCGUUGCAACAAAAGAUGACCCCAACAAGAAAAAACAGUGCAGUCAAAGGUAUGGAACCGAACUGAACAAUACGCUACAGCAGGAUAUACCUCUUAGUAGUGAAGGACUGGUGGAUGACAUUGUAGCAGGAAUAAAAAGGACAUAUUUGGAGGGUAAUAUGCAACAAGCAUCUACAAAUGUGUCAUCGGAUUUGUUUGUAAAUGAAACAUUGCACAUUGGAGGUAUGGGGGAUGAAGCAAACAAAUUAAGUCUGCCCAACAGUGAUAACAAGAUAAAAUUUCCUAAGAGCUCCAAUGGAGCACUUGAUGAAGAAUCAGAUGGUUCACUGGCAAAAGUAAUCAAUGAAAGAGAUCAAACAUGAGAUACCUCCAGCCAGAG